AGAGAGAGAGAGAGAGAACAGUGGUUUUACUCUUUCCUUUUUCUGUUUUUUUCUGCUAUUACAAUUCACAACAAACAAUGCAUAGGAUUUUGCCCUAAUCCCCAAUUUCAUCUCUCUCACGUUUAAGAAAAAAUUAAGAGUUUCCGAAUCGUUGAUUCUAUAUGUGCCCUAAUGUAAAAUCCAGUCUUUCUGAAUUAUCUGGUAUUUCUUUUGCUGCCGAUAUCUUUAUAGAUUGAUAGCUGAUUUGUGUAUUUUGUUCGUUCUCGGUGUGAUUUUCUACGUGUAUAAAUAUAUAUUCAAUUGUAUAUCUAUUAUUCCCUACACGGUGUGGUGUGUGUGUGUGUGUGUGUGAGAGAGAGAGAGAGAGAGAGAGAGAGAGAGAGAGGAGAUAUGAGCUGGAGAAGAGUGUCAAAAUCACUGCAGGGGGUGGCGGCGCACAUUUCCCUAUUCUUUUUUACGCUUUUGCUCGUUCUCAAGCUUGAUCACAUCGUUUCCUACUCUUGGUGGGUUAUUUUCUUUCCGCUGUGGCUGUUUCAUGUAGUUGUCGCCCGUGGAAGAUUCUCUCUACCUGCCCCAUCAGUUCCUCAUGACCGCCAUUGGGCCCCAUGCCAUACUGUGGUUGCUACGCCGUUGCUUGUUGCGUUUGAACUGCUUCUUUGUAUAUAUCUCGAGAGUUUAUACGCUAUUGGUUCUGCUGCUGUGAACCUGAAAAUAGUCUUCCUUCCUUUGCUGGCAUUUGAAGUUGUAAUCCUUGUUGACAAUUUUAGAAUGUGCAAGGCUUUAUUACCUGGAGAUGAUGAAAGCAUGAGUGAUGAUGCAAUAUGGGAGACACUUCCUCACUUCUGGGUGGCAAUAUCAAUGGUUUUCUUUCUCGCCGCUACAUUGUUCACUCUACUGAAGCUGUGUGGUGAUGUUGGAGCCCUUGGCUGGUGGGACUUGUUCAUAAAUUAUGGGAUUGCUGAGUGCUUUGCGUUUCUUGUUUGCACAAAAUGGUCUAAUCCAGUAAUUCAUAGAGAUUCUGAAACCAGAGGAGAAAGCUCAUCUUCUACUCCUACAAGAUAUCUGGACUGGAACAGUGGCUUAGUGGUAUCUUCCGAGGAACAUUCACAGGAUAGAACGUGUGGCUUACAAGAUGUCGGCGGCCACAUCAUGAAAAUCCCAAUUAUCGGUUUCCAAAUUCUCCUUUGCAUGAGGCUCGAGGGCACGCCAUCAGGUGCUAGAAAUAUUCCCAUUCCAGUUCUCUUUUCUCCUAUUUUUCUGGUGCAAGGAGCUGCCGUUUUGCUUACUACGUCCAGAUUGAUUGAGAAAAUUGUUCUUUUACUACAAAGCGAUGCAAGUGGAGGAGUUUAUUUUGUUUACUCUUCCAGAAUCCGUGACUGCUUUGGUUUUCUGCACCAUGGAUCUAGGCUGCUAGGCUGGUGGUCUAUUGAUGAAACAAGCAGAGAAGAGCAGGCCCGGUUGUUCCAGGAUGGAUCUUCCAGUUAUAACACUUUUUCUGGCUAUCCACCUGAGAUAGUGAAGAAAAUGCCGAAGAAGGAUCUGGCUGAGGAGGUUUGGAGACUUCAAGCAGCACUUGGUGAGCAAACAGAAAUUACCAAAUUCAGUCAGCAGGAGUAUGAGAGGCUUCAACAUGACAAGAUUUUGUGUAGAGUUUGCUUCGAGGGGGAGAUUAGCAUUGUGCUUCUUCCUUGUAGGCAUCGCAUUCUUUGCAGCUCCUGCUCGGAUAAAUGUAGGAAAUGCCCGAUUUGUCGACUAUCUAUUGAAGAGCGGUUACCUGUAUAUGAUGUAUAGAGAGCCUUUGUAGAUUGGUCGGUGAUCUCACAUUUUCGGACUUGAAUUUUUUACUGGUUGAAACCGAAAAAGUAUAGCAGUAGUGAACUUAGUUUUGACACAACUAACGGGAGCAAGAGAGCAAGAGAAAUGGCUUGCCUUACUGCUGUACUGUGAUGGUUUACUUUCUUUUGAAUUUGUACAUACUUGAAUUGUAGUUCAAAUUUGACGGAAUAAUAUAGUCUGAUCCUUUUCUUCUCUGGUUUGUGGUGCAUUUUGUUAACAUAUUGUCACUGACUUGGUGCAAGUGUUGAAAGAACAAGGUUGGAUGAUAGUAAGGAAGAGUUUAUUGAUUG